GCAAAGGACUUCCAGGAGCCCCCACCCCAGCACACCAGACACAAGAAAGCCAGCGUUAGUUUGAGUAGAGCAUCAGAUCUCACCUGAAGAUGUCUUCUGGGUCGUCGUCUUGGAGCAACUCGCCGAGCUCAAACUCGGAGUGGAGCAAGAAGGAGAACAAGAUGUUCGAGGAGGCGCUGGCCUACUACGGUGUGGGCGCCCCCAACCUUUGCGAGAAGGUGGCCAGCGCCAUGGGGGGCACCAAGUCCACCGAGGAGGUGCGCCGCCACUUCCAGUUCCUCGUCGACGACGUCAACAGCAUCGAGCACGGUCGCAUCCCCUUCCCCAAGUACAAGACCCAAGGAUUCUGGACCUAG